UCAGCAUCCCGGGCGUAUCGAGUGGACCUUAAAUAACUUAAAGAAUAUUUUAUUAAAAUCGCUUUUUUUUUUUUGUACUUGAAAAUCUCAAAAUUUUUUUUUAUAAAGCGAAAAAAUAAAAAAAAAUAAAAAAAGAAAUAAAAUUUUCGUUUUUUUUUUUUAAUUUUUUUUUUCAUUGGAUUUCAAUUCUUUCACAUUAAUGAAUUAAAAAUUCAAGAAGUCAAACAAAUUCUUUUAAUUGAGUGAAGAAGUUUUUUUCACAAAAAAAAAUAGAAAAAAGAAGAAAGAAGUUUUUUGUUUCAGAAAAUUGUUGUUGUUUUGUUUCGGUUAAAAAUUUUUAUACUAAAAACGGGAGCAAUUUAAAGAAAAAAAGUUAAAAUACGACAGGAGGAAGGAGAAGAAUAAAAAACAAAAGGAAAAAAAGUACUGAAUUUGUUGUUGUCCCAGUUUUUUUUUUCUGCUCUUUAAAUAUUUUUAAUGCUUAUUCAGCUGCCUUGAAUUUGUCUUUCUUUGUUUUUAUGUUUUAUUUUUUCGCUCUUAGGUACGGAUUUAAUUCAUAAAUUAUACUUACACUUAUGUAAACCUAUAUGCAUUUAAAAUACAUAAAUAUAUAAUAAGUAUAUAAUGUAUAUCCAUAAUUAAUUCUUGUUUUUGAUAACAAAAAUUUCCUAAUUUAAAAUUUUAAUAUUUUGUUAAAAAAAAAAAUACCCGAAAAUAUAAUUGUAAGGGCCUUAUGAAUAAAAGAACAAAAAGGAAUAUAUAUAAGUAAUAAAAUUUUCAAUAAAUAGAAACGGCGCGUUAUAAAGGAAAAUUCUAUUUGAUUUAAAGUGAUAUAAAAGGAAAUUUUGGAAAAAAAUAUCACUCGUAUAGCCUUAAGAUAAAAUCUUAUUAUCAUUUUUUGUCUAAUAUACUUGGUUUGUUUAAUAAAAGUUUUUUUUUUCUGUUUUUUGAAAUUUCAAUAAAUUUAUGUGACAUCGUGACAGUGAUAUUAAGUACAUAAUGUAUUAAAUACAAAUUAAUAUAUAUAUAUAUAAAAGAAAAAAUAUAGUAAAAGAAGUUGGUGGUGUUUAUAAAUUUCGGUUAUUAUUUAAUAUAUUGUUACGGUUUUGAACUUGAUUGAAAUUUUUGUGAUCUUGUAUAAUUAAAAAUUUUUUUAAAACUCUUAUUUUAUAAAUUAUUAUUAUUAGUUCAAAAGGAAGUUUUUUGAUUUUAAGAAAUUAUCUCCAAAAAUAUUAUAUUUUAUAAUAAUAAUUAUAAUAUGUGGAAUGCAAUAUCACCAACAAAUUCAAAAAAAAGCCUAUUAAUAAAUAAUAAUUUUUCAAAUACUGACUAUGUUGUUGAUAGUAGCAAUAAUAAUAAAAAACAAAUUAAAAAAACAACAACAACAUCAGCAACAACAACAUCAGCAAAAACAUCAAUUUCAACAGCAACAACAACAGCAUCAACAGCAUCAAAAGGAAUUAAAACUACAACAAUUGCAUCGAUUACAACAUCUGGGAAUAAAACAAAAAUUAUUAAUAAUAACAAUAAUAAUAUUUUAUAUUAUAAUAAUUAUUAUAAUCAAAAAGAAAAAUUAUCAACAAUAUCAACAACAACAACAACAACAAUUAAUAAUAACAAAAAAUCAAUAUCAACAGCAAGAAAAGCAAAUAAUUAUAUUAUAUCAUCAUCAUCUUCAUCGUCAUCAUCAGAUAACACAAAAACAAAAAUCGCUAUAUUACAAUCAAUUAAAUCAUCAGGAAAAGAAAAUACAACAACAAAAAUAUUUGAAACAGAAACAAAACCAUUUACAAAUCAAACAACGACAACACCAACAAAAACAGGAACAACAGCAGCAUCAACAUCAGGAAAAACGACAAAAAUAUCAUUUAAUAUGGAAAUUCAUUAUCAAAAUAAGUGCGUUACAGCAUAGCGGAUCACUCUGGAGGGUUCUGGUGAGCCUCCAUGGAUACAGGGCCCCCUUAAAGCAGCAUUUUUGGGGGCCUCAGGUGUUGGAAAGACUAGUAUUUUACAGCAAUUUUUUAAACAUGAUUUUCCUGAAAAACAUCAAAUUACAAAUCGAAAAAACGUUUACCGAACUUGUCUUGUAUGCGAUACACACAUUAGGGAGCUGAUGGUACUGGAUGUUCCACCCCAGAAAAAAUUUCCUGUUGACAAUUUUGCCGAAUGGAAUAAUGGUCAUCCACUGGGGUUGCGAACUGUACAUGCUUACGUUUUAGUAUAUGAUAUGGGAAAUUUAGAAACAUUUCAG